GUGGGAGAUUCUCCGGAACAGAUGGUGGCGGUAAUGCACUCUUUACUUUGAUUACAAACUACGUAAAACCAGCGAAGAAGAAAACUCUUGUUUCCGGUUGUUUCCUUUGCCUGGGUCUAGUGGAACGAUGGCAGGUGGACAGGGAGYAGAGGAUCUGUUCGACAGCAUUCUUUUAGCCGAUGAAAGGUUCAGAGGUGAGGGCUACCAGGAGGGAUUUGAGAAGGGGACCAGUCAGGGGCUGAAGGAAGGCCGCRGACACGGAGCAUCUCAUGGAGCCAAGCUGUCCUCUGAGGUUUCCUUUUAUUAUGGUUUUGCCAUCACAUGGAAAUGUCUUCUACAACGCUGCACAGAUAACAAAUCCAGAAAGCGGAUGAAGGUACUAGACAGUCUAGUGGCUUUGAUCCAGAACCUUCCUUUUGAUGAUCCCCAGUCUGUGAAGCUACAGGAUGAUAUUGAGAAGCUCCGAGCCAAGUUCAGACAGGUCUGCUCAAUGCUCAAUGUCCCCACUGACUUUAAGGAAUACUUCAAAGCGGCUGAAGGGACUUCAUUCUGAGUGUGAAGCAGCAGAGCCAGCUGCUGCUGUGCCCCACAGACAGAAGAGGAAACGGGCUGCUGUGACCGCUUCAUUUGAAGCAGCAGCUGAUUGGUCUGCWGUGAAGCCCUGGGGAUGCUGUGAAGCAGAAACUGUGGUCUUUAAGAGUCAAACUUGUUGUUCAUGGUCCUCACUAAGAUGAAACUACUUAAGAAAAUAAAAGCAGGCAUGACUUGACUCUUGUUAGACACCAGAAUUGGGAUAAUUUGGAUUUGUGUGUGACUGAAAACAGUGGAUUUGUUGCAUUUAUUCUCGCAGCCUGGGUACGGCAGCACAACGUUACCUUUGGAAGACACAAAGACUGAGUCGGUGGACUGGACUGCCGUCAACUUCAUCGAUGUGACGGUGGGCUGGCAGCAGAAAUGUAAUUACUGAAUUGAAUGAAAGAGACCCAUCUCCUGGCUUCUAGCACUGUCUCUGUGAAAAGAAGCUCAGCUUGAAUCAGGAYGUGACGUUUACUCACAGAGGACAGUCUCACAGAUAGAAUACCAGGUUUUAAUACAACCUGCUGUCUGUCCAGUAUUAGUUUUUUACUCACUGAAGCAUUUCCAAGAGAUCAAUACACUUAUGUGUAUUUAAUGAUGCUGUUCUUUCAAUAAAGUAUUUUAUUUACUCAC